UGGAACCGGGAAGGGGGGGCGGGGGAGCGAUGGUCGCAAGAUGGCGGCGCUAAAGGAGGCUCGGAGCUAUGGGCUGUCGUGCGGGCGGGUCAGCGACGGCAGCAAGGUGUCCGUGUUCCACGUGAAGCUCACCGACAGUGCCCUGAGGGCCUUCGAGAGCUACCGCGCCAGCCAGGAGUCUGUUUCACUGAGACCAUCAAUCCGAUUUCAAGGAAGUCAGGGGCACAUCUCCAUCCCCCAGCCUGACUGCCCCACAGAGGCACGGACGUUCUCCUUCUACCUCUCCAACAUUGGCCGUGACAGCCCCCAGGGCAGCUUCGACUGCAUCCAGCAAUAUGUCUCCAGCCACGGGGAUGUUCACCUGGACUGCCUCGGCAGCAUCCAGGACAAAAUCACAGUGUGUGCCACCGACGACUCCUACCAGAAAGCACGGCAGAGCAUGGCACAGGCCGAAGAGGAGACACGGAGCCGUGGGGCCAUCGUCAUCAAGGCUGGAGGCCGCUACCUGGGCAAGAAGGUUCAGUUUCGGAAACCAGCCCCGGGGGCCACGGACGCUGUCCCCUCCCGGAAGCGGGCGACCCCCAUCAACCUGGCCAGUGCCAUCAAGAAGAGCAAUGUUGGUGGCAUUAGCGGGGGCAGUGGGGUGUCUCAGAGGCCCUUUCGCGACCGGGUGCUUCACCUCCUGGCGCUGAGGCCCUACCGGAAGGCCGAGCUGUUGCUGCGGCUGCAGAAGGACGGCCUGGCCCAGGCGGACAAGGAUGCGCUGGAUGGCCUCCUCCAGCAGGUGGCCAACGUGAAUGCCAAGGAUGGUACGUGCACAUUGAAGGACUGUGUAUAUAAGGACGUGCAGAAGGACUGGCCUGGCUACUCGGAAGGGGACCAGCAGCUGUUGAAGCGGAUGCUUGUCCGGAAGCUGUGUCAGCCACAGAGUGCCGUUGGCCUGCCCGGAGACCCUGCUGCAGCCAGUCCUCCCAGGGAACAUGGAAACUCGGCCUCACCCCCUCAGAAACGAUCACAGCCUCCUGACUUCACCGACUCCCUGGUCAGCAAGAAAACCAGGAUAUCACAUUUUACCCAGAGAGCACAGCCUGCCAUCAAUGGGAAGCUGAGUGCACCCCACGGCCGUGAGGCCCUGCUGCCCACUCCAGGCCCACUAGCUGGCUCAGACGCCCACCUGCCCCCACGGUUGGAGCCCCCGAGGACCCAUGACCCUCUAGCUGACGUCAGCAAUGACCUGGGUCACAGUGGCCGGGACUGUGAGCACGGGGAAGUGGCCGCACCGGCCCCGACUACGUGCCUCAGCUUGCCCCUGCUGACGGACUGUGCCCAGCCCAGCAGGCCCCAUGGUGGCUCAUCACGCAGCAAAUCCAAGAAGAAGUCCAAGAAGCACAAAGACAAGGAGAGAGCAGCUGAGGAUAGACACCGGGCCCGGUUGCCAGACCACAUGCCCAGCCCCCUAGGAGCCCCACCAGAUGCCCCGGCUUUGAACGGGACCUGCAGCAGCUCAAGUGUCCCCACAUCGACCUCAGAGACGCCCGACUACUUGCUAAAAUAUGCUACCAUUUCCUCCUCGGAGCAGCGCCAGAGCUACAAGAACGACUUCAAUGCAGAAUACAGCGAGUACCGCGACCUGCACGCACGCAUCGAGCAGAUCACGCGGCGCUUCACGCAGCUGGACGCCCAGCUCCGGCAGCUGUCCCAGGGCUCCGAGGAAUACGAGACUACUCGGGGCCAGAUUUUGCAGGAAUAUCGAAAAAUCAAAAAGACCAACACCAACUACAGCCAGGAAAAGCACCGCUGCGAGUACCUGCACAGCAAGCUGGCCCACAUCAAGAGGCUCAUUGCCGAGUACGACCAGCGGCAGCUGCAGGCCUGGCCCUAGCCUGACGCCAGGGCGCCGGAGGUUCUGCGCGGCCUGCUGGGCCAGCUCCCCUUGCUGGGCUGACCCUUCUGGACAGCGGGGGAGUGGGGGGGCUGGGCGGGGGUGGGGGAGGCUACAGAGCGGAAAAAGAGAUUUAUUUAAAAAAAUAAACACAAGGAAGACAUGUUCAUCUGAGCCAGCAACGCCGGCUUUCAGGGGAGCCCCCGCAGACUGCGGCCCUCAGCUCACCGAGGAAGGUGGGGUGGCCAGUGUCUCAUCCCACGCCCCCAGCCCCCCACAUCUCCUGGGGAGCCCCCACCCAGGAUGGGCUCUUCAGGAUGCCCACCUCCUCUCCAGCCUGCAGCCCAAGGGGUUUCAGUGUCCCCUCCUGGAAAGACUCCAAGGCCAGCCUGUCUGCCUUUUCUAGUUUUAUACAAAGACAGCCACUUUUAGCUACUACUUAGGAGACUCGUCUAUUUUUGUAUGAGAGAGAAAGCAUCUUUUCUAAACCUGUGCCUCCCCUCCUUGGAUACCAGGGUCCAGAUGCCGCCCUGUGUCCUGCCUGCAGUAUUACAGAUGCCAUCGCAAAGUUCAGAGCUGUUCCUGAGGGCUGGGGGCCGGGGAGGGUGGGGCGCAGGGGCUGCUGCUGGCUGGGCUGGCCUCCCAGGCUGUCCUCCUGGGCUGGUGUCUGGCUGUGUUCCUGCCCUGGCCUCCCCAGCCCUCACGGCACCCCCAGGCCAGGACAGGGUUUGUGCUGUACCGGGGUGGAGGCCCGCCCAGGGCUAUUUCAAGAACUCCAGCUGGCCCGGAGCAGCUGCGGGAGCAGAGCGGCUCUUGGCCCACCGGGCCUGCCCUGCUAUUUCAGGCCCUCAGCUGUAGGGGGUCACUGGGGCUUUUCUGGGCUACGAGCUCACAUUGCAAGAGCAGUGUCGGAUUUUAUUAUGUUCUCAAUUUCCCCCUUUGCUGCUGCUUUUCUUUUCGCGCUGAGACUGUGUGGUCUCCAUGCUGUUGACCUCGCUCUGUCCCUCAGUCCGCUUGUGGAUCUUGGGGUCAUCUUAGCAGAGCCACCGCAGGCUUUGCACUCAGGGAGGAGCUGGGGGUCAGGGGGGUCGGGGGACCCCCCACCCCCCCACCGAGAGCGAGCUUAGAAAAUGUGCCCUGUCCGCCCACUCUGGGGGCAUGGGCUCCAUGGACACCAUAAUUGCUGCUUAGUAGCUGUGCCUAGUCCAGUGUCCCCCAGAGUGUUGGGGGACCAUGCACACGCAUGCACCUGUGUGUGCGUGCGUAUGCACGUGUGUGUGUAUGUGGGAGGGGACCCUGCCGGGUUGCAAUGGGGCCUGAGGCAUGUGUUCACAUUCAGGGCCACAGUCCAUGGAGCCACCAGGACUGGGGAGGCAGAGGGAGUGGCUGCAACCUGGAGCCUAGGGCUGGCAAGCUGGGGGGUGCUGGGGAUGCGGCCGCCCACAGGAGUGAGGCAGGGAGAGCAUGAGUGAUCGGCAGGCAGGUCUGUUCUUCUAAGCCACAGGGAGGUCUCCUGCUGGCUUCCCAAAGAGCGGCGCCGAGUGGAGGCUCCCCUGCAGCGUGCCCGGCCCACUGGUGCCUUCCUGGGUGCCCCUGGGAUGCCCAGAGCACCAAGGCAACUGAUCCUUCAUGUUUCAAUAAGUGUUUUGUUUUUUCAUUUGGGAUGGAGUGGGAGGGCUGAGCGGACCCCAGGGACCCCCGAGCUCCACAUAUAGCCGUGUCGUGUGCGCAGACUGUACCCAGCCGGACAGGCAGACUCGGGUGAAGGAUUAUUUAAGGAGGCCGCAGCCAGAGGGCUGACCCAGCCCUCUGCCCUGGGAACCAGUUCAAGGGACUCCAUUAAGUUGAAUUUCCUUUUUGUUGUUGGCUUUUUGUUGUUUUUUUGUUAUUGUUGUUUUUCUCCUUUUAAGGAAUUAUGAAGCUAAAAAAAGUAUUGUGCUUUGGGGGAUGAUGGACAAAAGUUCUAGCUGAUUAAAUAUGGUCUAACUUAUUGAUAUUGUGUCCCCCCCCCCUUUUAAUAUUGUACUAUGGAGAAAAACUAUUUUGAGCCAUGGAGUUGGUGUUUACAAGAACUUUUCACUUUUGCCAAAAUGUUAUGAUUGAAAGGCAUCUGCGUCUUCAGUUUCCUAAUAUUUUCUUAAAAGAUCUAGUGUCCUUUUUGUACACUAAGCAGGUGAAUGCUGAUUUUUUCAACCUACAAUAAAUUUCACUGAACCGAA